GGCGGCGCGGCGGCAGAAUGACCGAAAUGGAGACUGAAGUUACAGGAGRCAAAGCUAUGGAAGAGGAAAACACUAAACAGAAGAAAGAAAAAGAGAAAAAGAAGAGGUCGAGAGUUAAACAGGUGCUGGCAGAUAUAGCAAAACAAGUGGAUUUCUGGUUUGGAGAUGUUAAUCUCCACAAAGACAGAUUUCUCCGAGAACAAAUUGAAAAGUCUAGAGAUGGAUAUGUUGACAUUUCACUUCUUGUUUCUUUCAACAAAAUGAAGAAAUUGACUACUGAUGGAAAGUUGAUAGCAAGAGCAGUUAAAAGUUCCUCUGUUGUAGAAUUGGAUUUAGAGGGAACUAGAAUCAGAAGACGUCAACCACUGGGUGAGCAGCCAAAGGAUGUGGACAGUCGUACAGUCUAUGUGGAGUUGCUUCCUAAAAAUGUUAAUCACAGUUGGAUUGAGCGGGUGUUUGGCAAGUGUGGUAAUGUAGUUUAUGUCAGCAUACCCCGGUAUAAAACUAGUGGAGAUCCAAAAGGAUUUGCUUUUGUGGAAUUUGAAACUAAAGAGCAAGCAGAUAAAGCUAUUGAGUUUUUGAAUAAUCCACCGGAAGAGGCACCACGGAAACCUGGGAUUUUCCCUAAAACUGUAAAGAACAAGCCUGUUCCUACACUGAAUACAAGUAAUAGCACUGUAGUAGAGGAAAAGAAAAAGAAGAAAAAGAAGAAAUCCAAAGUCAAGAAAGAAAGCGGUGUACAGGCAGCUGUAGAAACAAAGCAAGCAAAUGUAAAUGCUACUGCAGAACAAGCACCAAAGUCAAAGAGACACAGGACUUGUUCUGAGUGUUCUGAAAUGGAGGCAACUGCGACCCCCAGGCAGCCCGCUAAGAGAGAAAAAAGAAAAUGGGGCAGAACAGAGAGCUCCGAGGCAUCUAUGGAAAGCAGGCCAAGGAAGAGAAAAAGAAGCAGCUCCGUGGAUGGUGAAGCAUCAAAGGCCAAAGUCAAGAAGACUGUUCAGAAGGAUGAAAUUCAUGAAGUUCACACUAUUAAAGAGGAAACAACAGAAGCUCAGAAAGAGCCCAAUGAAGUUUCAGCAGAAGAUGAUAAAGAGACUGAGAAGAAAGACACAUCCCUUUCAAAAUCUAAAAGGAAGCAUAAGAAAAAACACAAGGAAAGACACAAAAUGGGUGAAGAAGUCAUUCCGCUCAGAGUACUCUCCAAGACUGAGUGGAUGGAUUUGAAGCAAGAAUAUUUGGCCCUUCAAAAAGCCAGCAUGGCCUCCUUAAAGAAAACAAUGUCUCAAAUCAAACCUGAGUUGACGGGAGAAAUGGAAACAGACGCUAAGUCUCAGUCGAAAAACGGCAAAU